GGCCCGGUGCAGAGCCCCGGGGGUCUCGGUGCAAGGGCUGGGCUGGGCUGGGCAGGCGGAGGGGGGGCUGCCGCCUCCUUCCCCCCACCCCCCCUUUGUGUGCAGCAGCCUCCGCUCCGCUGCUGUGAGAUGAAUUGUUAAUUAUUCCCAGCAAAAAAGCGGCUCGGAGCCCCGGCCCGAGCGGGGGGCGAGCGGGUGCCGGCGCGCAUGUGGAGAGUGAGUCCACCCCACCCCCCGCAGCGCGCAGUGACCAAUCAUGGACGUGCAACCCCAGGAAGCUUCCCUGACGGUUAACGAGCAAGUCAUUGUGAUGUCGAGUCACGAGACUAUCCGAGUGCUGGAGGUGGGAGUGGACGCCCCACUUCCAGCAGAGGAUGAUGGGAAAGCUUUGGAAGCAACAGCUGGAGAGGUCGCAAGCGGCUGCCCCGUGGAAACAAGUGAACCAGGAAGAGAAGACGUGCAGCCAAACCUGGAGACCACUUGUGGAGGGACAACUGGCGAAGUAAAGUCAUUGCCUGGAAUGGCUCCCAACAGCGUCUCGUCCGUCACCACCUUCAACCCAGCAACGAGCCAGCCGACCCAAACCCUAGCUCCCUUGGCCGUGCAAGCUGCGCCACAGGUCUUGACUCAGGAAAACUUAGCAACAGUUGUGACAGGAGUAAUGGUUCCAGCAGGGGCAGUUACUCAACCUCUUCUUAUCCCCAUCAGUAUUGCAGGUCAAGUGGCUGGUCAGCAGGGGCUGGCUGUGUGGACAUUUCCUACAGCAACGGUCGCUGCCCUUCCCGGACUGACGGCUGCUUCUCCUACAGGGGGAAUUUUCAAACCACCUAUAGCCAACUUGCAAGCAGCUACGGUCCUGAACACGGCAAUGCCAGCCCCAAUGCAGCCUACCCAGCCGCUACAGGCCCCGCUGACGGUCCAGCCGCGGCCCUCCGUCCAAACACAGGCCGUGUUCCAGCCGCAGCCCACGCUCCAGAGCCCGCCGGCCAUCCUGCCCCAGUCCGCCGCCGCGCCGCCACCCGUGGCAAAGCCGUUGGAGACGCAGACGCAAAUCACAGUCCAGCCUGCGGGAUUUGCCUUUAACCCUGGCAUAAUCAGCGCAGCUUCUCUCGGGGGCCAAACUCAGCUCCUCAGCUCACUGGCCGCCGCCCCGGUGAUCGCGAACACCAUUCCCAGCGUCCAAGGGAUAACAAGCCAGAUCCUGACCAACGCCCAGGGACAGGUCAUUGGGACGCUGCCCUGGGUGGUGAACCCGGCUGGGAUCACGACGGCCAAUGCCACCCCAGCUGUUUUGCCGGCCCAGAACCUGCAGGUGCAGGCGGUGACCCCGCAGCUGCUGCUGAACGCCCAAGGGCAGGUCAUCGCUACGUUAGCCAGCAGCGCCCUCCAGACAGCGGCCAUCCGGAAACCCAGCGCCCCAGAGUCCCCGGCAAAGAACGAGGUUCAGCCAAUCCAGCCUGCCCCUGUUCUGCCCCAGCCAGCUGUGGUCAUCGCAAACCCAGCCCCUGCCGCUAAGCCCUCUUCCACGCCCGUUCCCAUCACUUGCUCGGAGACCCCGACAGUGAGCCAGCUGGUUUCCAAGCCUCAAACUCCAAAUACGGGCAUUGAGGAGGAUGGAAUCAACCUGGAGGAGAUUCGGGAGUUUGCCAAGAACUUUAAGAUCCGACGUCUGUCUCUGGGCCUGACGCAGACACAGGUGGGUCAAGCUUUGACGGCUACAGAAGGACCAGCUUACAGCCAGUCUGCCAUCUGCAGGUUCGAGAAGCUGGACAUCACCCCCAAGAGCGCCCAGAAGCUGAAGCCCGUGCUGGAGAAGUGGCUGAGUGAGGCCGAGCUGCGGAACCAGGAAGGGCAGCAGAACCUGAUGGAGUUUGUGGGCGGCGAGCCCUCCAAGAAACGCAAGCGCCGCACCUCCUUCACGCCCCAGGCCAUCGAGGCCCUCAACGCCUACUUCGAAAAGAAUGCCCUGCCCACCGGCCAGGAGAUCACCGAGAUCGCCAAGGAGCUCAACUACGACCGCGAGGUCGUCCGGGUCUGGUUCUGCAACCGCCGACAGACGCUCAAAAACACUAGCAAACUCAACGUCUUUCAGAUCCCCUAGCGGGGCAGGUGGGAGGAGAGAACCCUGCCCAGCCCAGCCCGGCCACCCCAGGAUCCUGCCGUGAGCACUUUGUGACUAUCUGUUCCCUAGGCCUUGCCCCUGUCCACUUCCCCCCCGCCCCACCAGCCCAGCUUCGCUGAUGGCAGCCAGGCAUUAUUUUUCCCCGCCGUGUGCAUAUAUCCGCACCCUUCGUCUUCACAGGAUCUGACCGUGUACACGUCGGACGUCGCUCCUUCCUUCUCGUGCUCCUGAGUGUAACAUGUAGUGAGUGCCAGAGCUGCCGAUGUGAGUGCCCCCAGCCCCCCUCCGUCCCCGGGGGCAGAAGUGGGGCAGGGCACAGGGAGUGCUGUGAUCCGUGCAUUUCUGUGUCAGACAAAUAUGUCCGCCACACGAGUGACUUUCUUCUUUUCUAGAAUUUCCUGUUUCUCCAAGGUAGCGUCGGGGCCUGCCAGGAGGCCGGUAGGGUCCGGGAAGAGGCAGAUGUGAAGCCUACUUCAUUUCAAUCCUUGUUUAUUUCGUAACCCUGCCUGUCCCGUGUGAGACACAAGUUCUCGGUAUCUAACGGCAUCAAGGCGGAGUAGCUCAGUUUAUAUCCCCUCCCCUAUGAGUACAAAGCACUGUCCAUCAAAAGACUUUAAACGGAAGUUUCUGAGUAUGAUUAGCUGCUAGGGCUUGGGAUCACCGCGUCGUUUAAAGCGCCAGUAGGUAGCUCCCUUACUAACCUCGUUUGCCAGAGGAAAACCGGCCACCUGCGUCCUGGCAUCUCCCCUGCCACCCUUGGGAAAUGGAAGGUUAAAUUGCACUAAAUGGGAUUGUUUCUAUAAGAAGAAAUGGGCAGAACCGGCCGGGCCAGGCAGCUUCUUCACCAAAGUGAGGCCUCUGAAGGCGGACAGGGUGUGAGCCCUUUCAUUUGCUCCAUCUUCUUUCUUUUUUUGCGUUGGCUCCUGUUGAAGUCGAGCGUUACCCUUUCCCCUGCUAGGGCUCGAGCCUGGGGGUCUAAAGGCAUGGGCCUCUGUUAGCUGGGAGGCAUAAACCACUCUGAGUGGUCUCACCAGGAGAGGGGGACCAAAGAGCCGUGCUGUGGAGCUGGGGCUGUACAAGGUAUAUUUUGCCUUCCUCCUGCAGGGUUCUAUGCUUGCCUUUUGAGCGUGGCUUUUCUGAAGGGGGUGAUCUGGAAAAUGAACGGACUGGACUCUUGCUCACUGCUGGAAGGGGGAUGGGGAAGUGGCAGCAGCCCUCCUGGCUGUAAGAGGGGAGACCAACAGCCGAUUGCCUUGUCGAAUUGCCAAGUGAAGGGGAGCCGACUCCAAGCCAGCAGCGCCAGCCCUCCUCCCCAUGGGAAAGCAGCCAGGCAAAGGACUCAGACUCUGUACAGUGGAGACGCACCAGGCCCUAGGGCUGUGUGUGGAAGGAACAGCCUUCAGCUUUGAACUACAAAGUCCCUCCUUGUGCGGCUCAACAAUCAGGGGACGCUCUCCAGGGGACGUCUAUUCCUUCUUUACCGGCAGCCUUUUCGAGCGCGUCGGACGUCGCCUGAACGUGUCGUCCCCCGCCACCGCCUGUGUGGCAUCAUUGCAAAACGCGCCAGAGCCCAGCUCUCGGGCUGGAUACAGGGAGGUGGAAUGGUGCCCUCUUUCUAAGCUGGGCUCAAUGCAAAAGGGGAGGAAGCUGUGUGUAUUAAGGUCCUGCGGGGAGGGUGGGGCCAGCCUGUUCCUGUCUGUAUAUGCACUGUGUGUCUUUAACAUAAGAAGGGAAUGGGAGGUGUGUUUUGCUGUCUUGUGAAAGCCAAAAUAUAUAUAGAUAUAAAUGAUUUCACAAUAAUCCUUAACUGUAAACCCAGGAAAAGGUCCUCUUCGGUGCUGCCUCUUCUGCUUAUCUUAAAGAGACAGUGCUGGUUGCCUCGGGCCUAAGCAUUUAAAAACACAAACAAAAACAGGGCCUAAAUUUCAGUCCCAAAAUAGAUCAUCAGAAAGUAGCUUCUGUGGCCAAGUGGAGUGGGAGGUUCUGCUUGCCUGCAUGGUAAUCAAGAGGUGACCUCAGACCCCGGCACAAUUUCAUCUGCAGCCAGGGGCCCACCUACAGGCUAGGAAAGCGUCAGAUAGCCCAGUAGGAUGAGUAUCGGGUAUAGGGGUCAGUGCCCCAUAAAGCCCUCUUUAUCCUAGGAGAUAUGUGAGAGUUAUGGGUCUGACAUCCUGAUUUCCAGGACACAUCCUAAGGGAGUCUGUGUCCUAGUUCAUUGCCCACCUUCCGAAUUGAGCUUUCUGCUCCAGGAGGGUGGCACUGGGGUUUCAGCGUAACUCGCUGCCGGGCAAAAUGUUUACACGUCACGUUGAUUUGGGGACAGCCGACCUGGGCGGGAUGGGGGCCAGUGGAGGGUUUUGCUGAACUGAAAAGCUGCUUGGGUUUUACCGCAUUUUUAUCGGGCAAAGAUCUGCCCGCAGGCUGAGUGUCACUAGCCCAGGACCACGAGACUCAGCAGGGAGAGGAGGAACAGGGGAAAGACCCAGCCGCUCAAUUGGACAGCGGCUGCUGCCUCCACAAGCAGACCUCAGUCCCAGCAUCAGCAAGGCGAUUCUGCUGUGCAAUAGAAUUUCUUGGCACCUUUCCCUUCCAAUCAGGCUUUCGCUAGGAUGUUUGGUUGGUCCCCUGCCCUGCGUUGAUGCUGCUGUUCCCAAGAUGCUACAAGCAACGCUAGCCGUUCCGUUGGCUGCCCGGUGUGGUGGUGAGACCAGUGCCACACAGGCGUUGCUGAUUCCCCAAACCUCUGCUCUGAACGGCAGAACGAGGUGCUCGGGGGACGCGUCUGGAUCUGUCCAAAGAAGGUUUCUUAGAGGGAGGGUUGUGUUUUUUUGUUUUUUAGGAAGUACCUUUCCGGAUCUGCUGUCCCGCCAUCUCCAUUUGGAAUAGCUAGGGCAGGGUUGGCAGGCAAAUUCCUCCCUGAGAAAGGGGACCCAUCUCCCUCUCUCCCUGCCCUAAGAAAUGAGUGUUUCAGUGAUUUCCAGACAUGGCCAGAGCGGAUGGGCAGGACUGGGAGCAAAAGCGGUUUCAUACCAUCCUUGGAGCAGGCGGUGGUUUAUACGCCGCCGCCCCGGGUCAAUCAGAACCUGAAAUGCUAUCGCCAAUCCUGUGUCUCCAGCCUCCAAUCUCCAGGGCUCCCCCCACUUAGCCAGUCCUUGUUGGGCGGGCCAUUCCCCCUUGCCUCGGUUAACGCCACUGCUCGGUUUCAAGAGAAGCUGUUGGAUUUCACAGAGUGCCAUGUGAGGUGGUAUAAGUUGAACAAGGAGGGAGGGAAGGGCUCCGUGGGGGUGGGGAGCCGGCCUGGGGUCUGGCUGUCUUGCUCUGUUAGACUGAUGCACUUGAUGUAGUUGUGUGAAAUAAACAGUAUUUUUUCUUUUU